CUGAACUGUCGUGUUCGAGAUCUCUCGAUUCUUGUCACAUCAGCAUUCUUUCAAAGGAACCUCAUUUCUCAAUCUUUUUUCUGGGAUCUUGUUGUGCUGAAGAUCAUAAGAAACUGUGAGAAAGAGCGUCAGUUGAGUUCAACUGAAAUAGCGCAAGGUUACCUUACCGGUCUAAUCGUCGGCAGUCGUUUGGAAAUAACGAACUGUUUUCCGAUUCCGAAGCUAAGGAGCGACGAUGACGAAGAACUUCUAUCAAAGCAUCAGGAACAGAUGCUCAGGGCGUUUCGUAAUUUGAACAUUGACUAUUUGUGCGUUGGCUGGUACCAGAGUUGCCCAUUCGGGACUGCUUUCAACGAAACUGUUUUCGAAUCGAUGUACGAAUAUCAGUCGGCGAUCGAAGACUGCGUAUGUCUAGUUUAUGAUCCUGUACAGUGUAGUCAAGGAAUCCUGAGCAUCAAGGCUUACAGAUUGUCGGAGAAAGCGAUGGAAUUUUAUGUUGGAUCAUGCACCCCUGAAAUGAUGAAGUCACUGGGGAUAAAUUAUGAAAAUUUGAUCGAAGAAGUUCCGUUAAAAAUAAAAAACUCACAUCUGGUUAACAUCAUGAUGUGUAAAAUGGCCGUCAUGAACGCCAGUAUUCAGAAAGGUCUACGAAUGCUCAUGGCAAACGUGGACGCGCUCAAUAUCGAGAUCGUGAAAUACAAUCGGUAUGUAGUUGCGAAGCAGCGUUAUGAAUUAAACAAAGAGACUUGGAUGCAGAAAAGGCAAACCGAAAACGAAGCGAGACGCCUUAAAGGUGAGCCUCCUCUACCAACUGAUGAGGAAUUCAACAAACUUUUUCGUUUUCCUGCACCCCCAAAGAUGCAUGAGCCAAUCCUCGCUGCCGCUGAAGUUGGCGCCUAUGUUGAACACAGUUUAAAGGUAAGAAUUAUGUCAGUCUGA